UUGAUCCUUAUGUACCUUAAAGUGUCUGUCGUAUUGUCACAGCUGUUGAGAAGGGAGACAGGAAAAGCCGUGGGGUUACUUACUGAACGCCAUCUAGAGUUUAGUAACUGCUGUCCAUAUCUAGCCCCUGAGUAUCACAGGGAGCAGACCGUCACCAUUACACUUAGCUGAGAGCAGCCAUGUACUAGGCAGUGUGCUAAACGUGUUGUAAACAUAAAACUCAGUCCUCUACGGACCCUGCAAAGGAGGUACUGCUUCCAACCGCUUCCUUUAGAGGAAGAACUAACUUGCUCUAUGUCACCCGGCUAGAGUUUAGUUACCGAAUGCCGCUUGUUAGAGGGAGUCAGACUGAAAACUGAGCCUUGAAAGGUGGCUGAUCAGACACUGUGGAAGCUGGAAGGCAGAGGGGACACAUUCCUUCCCAGGCGGCGGUCACUGCGUGGACGUGGGGACACAGCUGGGCAGUCAGCCCUCACACUGUCCAGGAAGCAGUCGCGGCGAAAUUACCAAGUUGAUCCAAGAGAGUUGGCGGGGAGCCUCGGGAUGCAGAACCCGCACGGCGCGCUAUGCCCGACUACGAGUUCAGCCCCGCGUCGGGGGACAGACCCCGCAGCUGGAUCUCUAAGCAAGUCCUGAUCGUCCUCGGCGUGUGUCUCCCGGUGAUUUUGGCCCUGGCGAUCUGGGUGGGAGUCCUGACCUGGCGCCAGAGCUCCAUGGGCGCCACCGACCACGUCUCUGCGAUCGUCCUGGGGCGAUGCCUCACCUACACACGGAACAUGCACCCGGAGCUGAGAAAUCAGGAUUGUAAAAAAAUACUGAACACCUUCACAAGUGCGUUUGUUUCCAAGGAUCCUUGCAACAUUACAAAAGAAGACUAUCAACCACUGAUUGAUUUGGUCACUCAAACUGUUCCUUGCAACAAGACUCUCUUUUGGAGCAGAUCAAAAGAGCUGGCCCAUCAGUACUCAGGGAUCCAGAAAGAGAUGUUCACUCUGGAGGACACGCUGCUGGGUUACAUUGCUGACAACCUUGUGUGGUGUGGAGAUCCCAGAACUUCUGAAGUGAAGGAAGAAUUUUGCCCAUAUCGGAAUGAAAACUGCAGCAGCACUGCUACUUCUGUGUUCUGGACCGUGGUUUCUCAGAAAUUUGCAGAAUCUGCCUGUGGUACGGUCUAUGUGAUGCUCAAUGGGUCCGGAACUACAGCCUUUAGCAAAGCCAGCACUUUUGGAAGUGUGGAAGUCUUCAAUUUGCACCCAGACAGGGUUCAUACACUUCAUGCCUGGGUGAUGCAUGACAUUGGAGGAGUUGAAAGGGACUCGUGCUUAGGUUCCUCCAUAAAGGAGUUGAAAUCGAUCGUAAACCAGAGGAACAUUUCCUUUUUCUGCCAGGAUGACUACAGGCCUGCCAGGUUUGUCCAAUGCGUGAGACAUCCGGAGCAUCCGUCUUGCAGCGUCCUGAUGUGAGCCCACUGCCAUGGUGCCUGGAUCUUCAGCCCCCCUGUUCACAUCAACACGCACAACACCAGAUGCACAGGUGCAGAGCAGAUGUGGAGGAGGGUCUCCCGCCAAGAUGUGAACACAGAGAUGGAAAUCUUUUCCUUCAAAGGCUUGAAAUAGUUUAUGUUAUUGGCAUAGCUUUUAUUGUAAUCUGCAGACACUCAAAAGUAUUAUUGUACAAAUUUAGAAUGAAAAUUUUAUACUGUUAUUUCAUGUUCAUGUGACACUUUUAUGUUGUUUUUAUGUUGGGAACAUUCUUUCUAUUGAGAAAAAACCAUACCAAACCUUUCUUAUUAGACCAGACAUGGUCUAUAUAUUUUAUAGCCUUCCUACAGAUGGUCAAACUGUAAACUCCAUAGUUAUGGGUUAAGUUGGGAUUAUCCCUUGGAAAAAUUAUUUUGUAGGAUAUUUUGUGGAGGAUGUUUUACCUCUAACCCUUCCUAGAGCUCCAUGAGCUUGGUAUUAUUAUCUUCCAUUUUUCAGAUGAGAAAAUGGGAGUUUAGAGUAGUUACAUGAUUUACAUAAAGUUAUCCGUCUAGAAUCAAGGUAGAGGCUGGAUUCUCACAGCUGUCCAUCUCUGAAGUACAGGUGCUCUCUCCUUCUAGGUCUGUGAUAGACUAGAUAUGACAGACAGUAUAUUUAUAUUUUCUCUUCCAACACAUGCAUGUAGCAUUGAAUUGAACACAAUAGAAUCUGGAAUGUGAUCUUUCUGGAUGGCUUCAUAACAAAUACCUUCCCCUCCUCCUCCUUCUCUAUUCCUGUUCAGUGAGUCAUAUAUGUUGGUUGUACUUCAGUGGCAAUUUAUGCAUUCUCCCUUCUUGUUUUGGAUCCAUCAUACUUGGGACUCAUAUAUUUUGCUACUAUUUCAAAGAACUAACUUACAGCUCUAUUGAUUUUUUUUUAUUAAAUUGCUUUUUGCUCCUCUCUUUAUUAUUAGAAAUACAAAAAUUCCUUUGAGUUUGAGUAUUUUUAUUCAGCAUCUUGAAAUGAAAGCUUGGAUCACUGAUUUUUCAGCCUAUCUUCUUUUCUCACACAUGCAGUUUAGUCUAUAGAUGUUUCCUGAGCUCUGUAUUAGCUGUAGCUCUUUAAAAAAAUGGAUUUGAGAAGCAUAGAGAGAUAGACAUAUAGAAAUAUAGAUAGAUAGAUAGAUAGAUAGAUAGAUAGAUAGAUAUGUCUUUCAUCCACUGGUUCACUCCCCAACUGUACCCAACAGCUAGGACUGGCUCAGGCCAAAGCCAAGAGCCAGGACCUCAAUCCAGGCCUCCCAUGUGGGUGGCAGGAACCCAAUUACUUGAGUCAUUACCCAUUGCCCCCCAGGGUUGGCAUUAUCAGGAAGCUGGAGUCAGGUGCUAGAGCCAGAUGUUUUGAUAUGUAAUGUGGGUGUUUAAACCAGCCCAUUAACUACUAGUCUGAACACUCACCCUGCAGCUACAGCUCUUGAGUUUUAUUAUGUCCCUUUCAAUAUCAUUCACUUAAAGAUAUUUUCUAAUCUCAUUGUUAUUUAGAAAUACAUUCCUUAAUUUUCAAAAUUCAGACUGUCUAGUUUUUUUAAAAGAUGCACAUGUUGAAUGAAGAAUUAAACUGAUCAGACUUCUCUGGGGGAAUCUGCUUAGUUUGUUGACAAUGGAAUAAAUGUUGAAGUCAGGUUUUUCUUGCUCAUUAUCUCAGCAUCACACUGUGAUCUUGAACAAAAUACCUGAGCUCUGUGAACUUCAGCUUUCUUUCCGCUCCAAUAAGGACUGUAGCCUUACCCACAUUAAAUGUGGAGAGUAUUAAAGAUGGUGGCAAACGCUGCCCAUGCAGCACAGAGCCUGCAUCUCAGCAAACACCCGGCCUCUGUGGGCUCCUUUCUGCUCCCACACUUGGCAAUCCAGUCUCCUUCAGAAGCACUUGCAGCUCCAGCCACCAUGAUGGACUCCUCCCUUGCCCCUCCCACGUAGGCAGACCUUCAUGGGAAGUUAGGGCUGGCUGGACGUGGGGGUGGGUGUCUGGGGCCAGUGCUGGGUGCACCUCAGACUUGCUCCAAGUUCAGUGAACAGCCCCUGCAGAGCAUCUUCAUAAACAAGCCCUUGCCAGUGGGCUGGGUAGCCUGGCUGUGCUCCUCUCAAGCCCCAUGGCUGAUUUCUGCACACACUUGUGUCUGUGCUCACCGGGGUACCCUUUGAAGUAGCUGCCUGUGCCAGGAAAUUUUUUUUCUUCACUUUUCCUUCCACAGAUGAAAUAGGUAGAGUAGAAAUCGACCUAUGAGACUUCCUUCAAGAAGACCCACGUGAAUGUUCAAGUUCAGACUUAGUGGAGGCCUUGAGGCAAUGAGGGAGGAGGCCACAAGAGGCCCUGGUGAGCCAUGGAUGUGGCUCAUGGACUGGGUGCUUUCUCCUUAUACCACCUCAUGUAUGGCCAUGUGCCUGCCCCUUUUCUCUCCGUAGUUCCAACUUUGGGUACCUCUGAUUAUUGAGCAUGCAGCCAUCUCUGGCCCAAAGACUUCCUGGUCUUCAACUAGAACUUCCGUUGGCUUUGACCUUACCCCUUUCUGUGCCUUUCUUAGCUCUUGUUUGGAACAGACUCAACUCAUGUCUGUGCCUUCUGUGACAUGGAGGACACUGCUCAGCUUUGGUUCCCUUUCUGAUGUCCUUUUCCUCCUUAAAAUGAUUCCUGAAUCUGUGACUUGAAUGUCUCAGGAAGACCCCUUAGUACACAAAAGGGCUGUGUUCUUGUGGAUUGUUGAAAAGCAAGUAGUUAUAUGUACUGAGUAGUUUUUAUGUAUGACAAGUAAAGUUAGUUUAAAGUACAAUGUUAAAGUAUACCUGCAGUAACAUUAAAAGGUAUUUUAUAAAUUCAAUGUUAACCCAGACAUUUAAAAUAGAUUUAAAAAAUAAUUACUUUACUUAACACUACUUUGGAGUCAUCACUUUAACAUAUUGUUUUGAACAAUCCGUUAAGAACUCUUUAGCUGAUUGCCACCCUGGGAGGGCCAUGGUCAGCUGGUCUUCUACUUCCAUACACAAAACACAGAAGGCUUUGAACUCUAAUAGAACAUUUGUUCUUGAACUUGGUGCACACAGGUACACAUUGCCAUUGUCAUCCUCUGCUUGGAUUGCCAGGUCGCAUGAGGUAGUAAAAGCCAUGGGCUUAAGAGACAGGUGACCCACUGAGCAAGUUCAGUAUCUAUGAAUCUAGUCUGGAAUAUAUUGGUAACACAGAAAUGAAUUAUAGAAACAAUAAAAGAAUACUACAGGACUUUGUGUCAUCAUCCUUCCGUAAGAUAGCUGUCCCUGGGCUUGAAGGUGGAAUUAAGGACUUGUUGAAUUGGUGGUAGCCACCAAAGACAGCAGGAUCUCCUCUCUACAUCUAAAGUUCAAGUGAGUUCAUACCUGGAGAGAGCAGUGACCAUCUUGCUGAGUGUGUCUAUUGAGUGAGGGAGGUGGGAAUAAGUGUCUUACUCUCCUCUUUUUCAGUUGAGAGGCUAAAGAAGAAUGUUAGUUUCUUUUCAGUAAGUCUCAGGUUUGAGAAUCACACGAUGACAUAACUUUGUUCUCCAUUAAGAAAACUCACGUAUAGACCAAGAUGUAAGGUAAUGACACAGCAAAACGUCUGACUCCUAAUAAGUGACGUUAACUGUGAAACAGCGUUGAAAGGCUUGAUGUAAAAUGCAGGCCUGCAGAGAAGAGAAAGCUAGCACUUACGGUGCUAGGCGUUCCAUGUAUCGUAGCAACCCGUGACUCCAGUUGCGAAAACAGAAUACAGUUUGUGAUGAAAAUAAAACAUUUUGAGUAUUAGGAGCUUAUACUCUCAGGAAGGAAGCUGCCCAGUCAAGAACAACAACACCCCAGGUGCUCCACUUGCAGGUCAGGAAGAAAAGUCUGCUUGUGCUGCAGAUAAUCGGCUGUCCGUCCAUCACUGCCAGACCACACAGCCAAAGCAGUUUCUGGGAACAAAAGAAACAGGCGAGAACGGUACAGGGCGCAUGGCGGGUGGUGCCUGCUUCCUUGCUGGGCCAGUUUCAGAUUCAUGCUUACACAGCUAUGUCUGGGGUAUAGGGCCUGAUACACAAGAAAUGCUCAGAUCAGACCUCAAUUUUUCUGCUCAUAAAAUAGGAUUGAUAACAAUGCCUACAUCCUGAGUUGUUCUUUUUGUAGUAAAAUAACAUUUGUAAAAUUCUUAAGAUUGUGUUUAAUGCAUGAAUAACUUGGUCACUGUUAUUUUUUUUUGGAAAAUGGAGUCUGUUUAUAUUCUGGAAGAACUGUCUUGACAAUAGCCUACUCGGUUUAGAAGCUGAGACGCUGAGACUAUGGGGGCUACGCUGAAGACAGCAGGGAAGGGCCCUCCUGCCAAACAGGAUUAGGCACAAUCUCUCUCCAGCUUUCAAUCAUCCAGGAGGGUUAGCACCUUCCCACCUGAGUGAGAAAUGGGCAGUUAUCCUCCUGUGGCUUUCCACUAAGAGUUAGCGCCUACCGUAAGCUGGGUGUCAACAAAGGGUAGCGACAGAACUCCUCAGCUCCAAAUAUAAGAAGUUAACAUUUGUCAUUGUCGUCCUUCAAGCUGCCCAAGAAGAGUUCAACACCUCCGUUGGUAUUGCCAGUCCAAGCACCUGCUCUCCCUCUCCUGACCAGGGUGGUGCUCUACUGAGAGCAAAGGCGUGGCGUCCUCCUUGGUGGAAUGAAAUCAGAAGUGCGUGCUGGCAGUAGAACUUCUCUCCCUUGCAAUCAGCUCACUGAAAGAACACUGGGAAAGGGUAGGAGCUAAGAAAUGUAGCAGCUGCACCACGCCUGCAGUACAAGACAGAAAUUUCCCUUGCAGAAUAAUCCUUCAUAAUCAGCCCAGUCUUCAGAGGCUCCUCGGGUGCCCUUCUGCUGUCAGUAUUCUAGAACAGCGAGUCCAUGCUGCCGAUGGGAUCAUUUUAAAGAAGUGUUCUUUUAAAGUUUCAUCCAUGACCAUUAGCAUGUCAAAUACCUUCACAAUAAAAGUUGCACAGUAGACGCUUCUGGAGUAA